AGAUCCUCCGCGGACUGUUUCCAUCCCGGUGCUUCUCCCGGUGCUUCUCCCGGUGCUUCUCCCGGUGCUUCUCCCGGUGCUUCUCCCGGUGCUUCUCCCGGUGCUUCUCCCGGUGCUUCUCCCGGUGCUUCUCCCGGAGCUUCUCCCGGAGCUUCUCCCGGUGCUUCUCCCGGUGCUUCUCCAACCGCUGCCCCGGUCCAACAUCUGCCCGACCGACCCGCGCUACCCCGAACCGCAGCCCGGAGGUCGGAGGUCCGGUCGGGUCUGAAGUGUGAGCCGGAGCUCGCCGGAGCUCGCCGGGAGGCAGCGGGGCGAAGGCUCGCUGUCGGCGGGCGGAGGGAGUGAGUAUGGCCGGAGGGAACCACAGCCAGGCGGCGGAGGAGAGAGCAACGAGCCGGAGUCAGAGCGAAGUGAACAAGAGGUUGAAGUACAUCAGCCUGGCGGUGCUGGUGGUCCAGAAUGCGUCACUCAUCCUCAGCAUCCGAUACGUCCGCACGUUGCCGGGCGACCGCUUCUUCGCGACGUCGGCCGUCGUCAUGGCGGAGGUCCUGAAGGUGCUGACAUGUCUGCUCAUCAUCCUGCUGCAGAAGAGAUUCAGUGUGAAGGAGACGGCGUUCUUCCUGGUCGACUCCAUCGUGUUUCAGUACAAAGACACUCUGAAACUGGCUGUUCCUUCGCUCAUCUACACUCUGCAGAACAACCUGCAGUACAUCGCCAUCUCCAACCUGCCGGCCGCCACCUUCCAGGUGACGUACCAGCUGAAGAUCCUCACCACGGCGCUGUUCAGUGUGCUGAUGUUGAGGAAGUCUCUGUCGAGGGUCCAGUGGGUUUCUCUGCUGCUGCUGUUUGCUGGAGUCGCCAUCGUACAGGUGCAGCAGGAGGGGAAGAAGGAGGCGUCGGUGUCGGACGGCUCCAAUCAGAACUACACGGUCGGUCUGGUCGCCGUGGUGAUCAGCUGCCUGUCAUCGGGGUUCGCCGGCGUUUACUUUGAGAAGAUCCUGAAGGGGAGCUCGGCGUCCGUCUGGGUGAGGAACGUCCAGCUGGGGAUCUUCGGCACGGUGCUCGGCAUGCUGGGAUUGUGGUGGAACGACGGCGCCGCCAUCGCCGAGCACGGCUUCCUGUUCGGCUACACCGACAUGGUGUGGUGUGUGAUCUUCAACCAGGCGUUCGGCGGGCUGCUGGUGGCCGUGGUGGUGAAGUACGCCGACAACAUCCUGAAGGGCUUCGCCACCUCCUUCUCCAUCAUCGUCUCCACGGUGAUGUCCAUCUACCUGUUUGGCUUCCAUGUGGACCUGCUCUUCACAGCGGGGGCGGGGCUCGUCAUCGGCGCCGUCUACAUGUACAGCCUCCCUAAAGCGCCCGGCUCUUCAUCCCCGGGCUCCUCCUCGUCUUCCUCUGUGUCUUCGGCAUCGCCGAGGACGGACGGAGGCGGCGAGAUGGAGGCGUUUCUGCCAAAAGCUCAGGGAGGAGUCGUGUCUCCUCCCCCUGCCGCCAACGUCACAGACUAACUGCUGAAAGCACAACAGCAGGAGGAGGAGGAGGAGGAGGAGCAUCUCAGAGACCCUGACCACCAGCUGUCUGUCUGUCUGUCUGUCUGUCUGUCUGUCUGUCUGUCUGUCUGUCUGUCUGUCUGUCUGUCUGUCUGUCGCCCUCUCUGCCUUAAAACUCUUUACUUUACUAACUGAAUGAACAGAGAAGCCUUAUGCUGAUUCAGAUAUUGAUGAUGGUUCCUGCAGGAGGAGAAUCUGCAGUUUGAUCUGAUCGAAUGUUUUCACUGAGCAGCGUCUACAACCUCCGACCUUUAUCUCCAGCAGUAAUUGAUCCGUUAGUUUAAACCUACAGUGUUUCUGCCACUGGGGGGCCUCUGACAUCCCAUCAUUAACAGCAACAGGAAGUGUGAUGAGGUGGUGAAGCAGCGUGGGAUCAUGGGAGUUGUUGUCUUCACCACCAUUGGCGUCAUUGCAGUCAGCUUCUCCCGGUUAGGAUUCCUUCAGUGUUCAUGGUUCAGGAGGUUUCUACCGGGAGCCCAAUGAUCCACAGAGGUCUCCUCCUCUCCAACACAAACAGACCCGCUGAUUAAAACCACUAAACACACUGAAUAAAGCAGUUCCACCUUAAACACACUGAAUAAAGCAGUUCCACCUUAACAAUCACUGCUUCUCCCACGCUGUUGGACAGACAAAGGACGUCCCGGAGGGGCUGCGAGCCGAGCUGCUGCUAACGUUAGCUCAGGGAACAGCGUGGCUGCGCAGUGAAAACGUCUCUCAGCUCAAACGCAGUUUCCUGUCGGUGGCGGUUUGUGUUCGGUGCCUUUUCUUCUCAUCUGUACAGAAGCCAUAUGAUUGUGUUGGUGUUAGCAGUUAGCGGUGUAGCUCCCGUCUCAUCGCACAGACGCUGAGCUUCAGUUGGAGAAGCUGUCGGUGAGACGAGCUGAGCGGGAACGUGCUCGUUGAUUGGAGCACCUUUUAAUUAAAUCAUAAUAAUCCUCAACGUGGCGUCUGGGUGAGGAAGACGACCUGCUGCAGGCGUCUGGGUGAGGAAGACGACCUGCUGCAGGCGUCUGGGUGAGGAAGACGACCUGCUGCUGCAGGCGUCUGGGUGAGGAAGACGACCUGCUGCAGGCGUCUGGGUGAGGAAGACGAC